GUAAGUGCAGUUCAACAACACCCUCAUUCAGUCUUGCAAUGCUCAUUAGUAGCAUAACCAAGGACAAAGUUUUGUCUUAAUUAAAAGUAAUCAAAGUGAAACACCCUUUGAAUAUCAAAUUCCAAAGUGAAAAAUCUUACAGAACAAUAGACCCCACACGGAGUAUAUGACAUGAUAAUGCAGUUUCUGUUUUAUUUCUACGUUGACUGACUUUGAGAAACUUAAUUAUUCAGCAUUGCAUCUCUUCCUUUAAUUACUCAUUCUUGUAUAUAUUUUUUUUUAUUACUUUCUUUUAGUUUUCUGAGACUCAACACUCCCAACAUUCAUACAACUUUCUAUCCUUCUUUCUUAUCAUGCCUCUGCAAUCUUCCUUCUCCUCCUUUUCCACCCAUUCUUCUACUUCUUCCUUCGGCUAUGCAUGGGAAUAUGAUGUGUUUAUUAGUUUCAGAGGCGAAGAUACUCGCUAUGGUUUCACUGGCAACCUCUACAAAGCUCUUUUUGAUAAAGGAGUCCACACCUUCAUUGAUGAUGAGGAGCUUCAAAGAGGAGACCAAAUCACACCCUCACUUCUCAAGGCAAUUGAAGAGUCCAGGAUUGCCAUCAUUGUUCUCUCUCCUAACUAUGCUUCUUCUUCUUUUUGCUUAGACGAGCUUGUCCACAUCCUUCACUGCAUCAAGGGAAAUCAUCGGCUGGUUUUACCGGUUUUCUAUGAGGUUGAUCCUUCGGAUGUGUGCCAUCAAAGAAAUAGUUUCGGAGAAGCAAUGGCCAAGCAUGAAGAGAAAUUCAAGAGUGACUUGAACAAGGUGCACAAAUGGAAGCAGGCUCUGCAUCAAGUAGCUAAUUUGUCAGGAUAUCAUUUCAAACACGGGGAUGGAUAUGAACAUAAGUUUAUCAGAAAUAUUGUGGAAGAAAUUUCAAGAAAGAUUAGACGUGUACCUUUGUUUGUUGCUCGUUUUCCUGUUGGACUAGAUUCACUAGAUUCUCGAGUGUCAAAAGUAAUUUCACUUUUGAGAAUGAAUUCUAGUGAUCAAGUUCACAUGGUAGGGAUUCAUGGAGUUGGUGGAAUAGGAAAAACAGCACUUGCUUGUGCUGUUCAUAAUUUGAUUGCUGACCAUUUUGACAGUACGUGCUUUCUUGAAGAUGUGAGAGAAAACUCAAAGAGACAUGGCUUGGCUCAUCUUCAAAAUAUCCUUCUCUCUGAGAUAUUAGGAAAGGAGGAAAUUAAGAUAGUCAGUGUUCAACAAGGAACUUCUCGAAUCCAACGAAGGCUAUGUCAAAAGCAAGUCCUUUUGAUUUUAGAUGAUGUUGAUGAUCACAAACAACUACAGGCUAUUGCUGGAAAACCUGACUGGUUUGGUCCUGGAAGCAGAGUUAUUAUUACAACACGGGACACACAUUUGCUAAAAUAUCAUGGUGUUGAAAACACAUAUGAGGUAAAGGGUUUAGAUGAGGCAGAGUCUUCUCAAUUGCUUGUUAAACAUGCAUUUAAAAAUGGUUAUGAUAGCAGCUCCAAUUAUGGGGAUGUUUUGACCCGUACAAUAACUUAUGCUUCUGGUCUUCCAUUGGCUUUGGAAGUAAUAGGUAGUCACUUGUGUGGGAAAAAAGUAGACGAAUGGGAAUCUGCAUUGAAUAAAUUUGAUAGACAUCUUGACGAUAAAAUACAUGAGAUACUUCGAGUAAGUUUUGAUGCUUUGGGAAAAGAAGAGCAGAGCGUUUUUCUUGAUAUUGCCUGUUGUUUCAAAGGAUAUGAAUUAAAGGAAAUUACAGAUCUACUUCAAGCUCAUUAUGGGAGUUGUAUGAAAUAUCAUAUUGGAGUGCUUUUUGAAAAAUCUCUCAUAAAGAUCAAUUUGUAUGAUCUCACUGUGACAAUGCAUGAUUUGAUAGAGAACAUGGGCAAAGAAAUUGCACUAGAAGAAUCACCAGAAAUGCCUGGAAAGCGUAGUAGGCUAUGGUUCUACGAAGAAAUAGUUAAAGUUUUACAAGAUAAUCUAGGUACUAGCACCAUUGAAAUCAUAUAUUUGGAAUUUCCGUUAUUGGAAAGGGAAGGAGAUGAAGAUUCAUUUGAAAGAGAGGAAAAUAAAGAUAUUGAAGUAAAAUGGGACGGAACAGCUUUUAAAGAGAUGAAAAAUCUCAAAACGCUUAUCAUAAAAAAUGGUUGUUUUUCUGAAUGUCCCAAAUAUCUUCCGAACAGUUUAAGGGUAUUGGAAUGGUGGAGAUAUCCUUCAGAGUGGCUACCAAAUGAUUUUCAACCAAAGAAACUCUCCAUACUCAAGUUAUCGAAUAAUCUCUAUUUGGCACACAAGUUGGAUAGCUUAUCCAAGAAGUUGGGGAGUUUGAAAGUUUUGAAUUUUGAUUACAAUGAUUCUUUGAAAGAAAUAGCUGAUGUGUCUAGUCUUCAAACUUUAGAAGAAUUUUCGUUCCGAGGAUGCAAAAACUUAGUUAAAGUUCACAGUUCAGUUGGGUUUCUAUCUAAACUUAAAAGAUUGAAUGCUGAAUAUUGCGAGAAGCUCAGGACUUUCCCAGCGGCUAUCAAAUUGCCCUUACUGAAAUAUUUCAGUCUAUGUGGUUGCUCAAGCCUGGUCAAUUUUCCAGAAAUUUUAGAAGAGAUAGCAAAUGUAGGAUGGCUUGAUUUGAAAGGCACUGGCAUAAAAGAUUUGCCAUGCUCAUUUCAUAAUCUUUCUGGAUUGCAAAGUCUGGAAAUUAUUUGGAAUGAAACGUGUAAGAUACCAAGCAUCAUUUUUAUGAUGCCACAACUAUCUUCAUGUUGUAUUGAGGGAGGAGGCAAGAGGAGGGUAUCAUUGGAAAAGCCGGAGGAGGAUGAGGAGGAGGGGCUUCAAGGAAUACUCACUCACUCCCUCCCCUCGCAACAUAUGAUGAAAGCUCUUUGUCUCAGCAACACCAAUCUGUCCGAUGAUUUUUUUCCACUAGCUGUUGCAUGGCUUCCAAAUGUGAGACAAUUAAUCCUAACAGGCAAUAAUUUCACAGUCCUUCCUGAAUGCAUGAAAGAAUUUUGCUUUUUAUACUUGCUCAACGUCAAUGAUUGCAACCAUCUUCAGGAGAUUCGAGGGAUUCCACCUUGCUUGACAAACUUCUCAGCAGUAAACUGCAAAUCCUUGAGUUCUAGAGCCACAAGAGUUUUACUCAAUCAGGAAUUACAUGAGGGUAGAUGGACAAUCUUUGCAAUGCCAGGUGGAAGGAUUCCAAGAUGGUUUGAGAAGCGCUGCAGCGGAGCUUCUAUUUCAUUCUGGUUUCAUGGCACUGAAUUCCCUGACAAUGCUCUUUUCUUUGCAAUUCUACUCAGAGAUGGCCUCCCUUCCCCAGUUGAAGUACUACCCAUCGUGACUGUCAACAGCAACCAAGUUUCCUGUCGAUGGCGGGAGACCCCAGUGGAUCAAUUAUUUAUUUUUCAUCUGUCAGAGACAAUUGCUUAUAAUGUAAUACUACGUUUUGAAAACAAAUGGAAUCAUGCAGAGAUUUCAUAUGAAGCACAUGAUUACUAUACCUAUGAUGAGGUCCCCACUGAGCCAAUUGCAAAAGAGAUUGGAAUCCAUCUAUUGAAGCAAAAGAUCAGUAGCAGUAUAAUUCAAGAUAUCCGAUUCACUGAUCCUUACAAAAUGACACAACUAAUCAUAAUGAUGAUGAUGAUCUCAAUAGUAUUGCCCAACCAUAAGAAGCAGCCCUUACUCCUUGAAACAUCCAUUGGUUUGUGGACAUUGCUGUUCCUAACACACACUCUUUUUUUUGGAUAUAACUCAACACUCAGACAUACAUACAACCACUCUAUCCUUCUUUUUUUCAUGGCCCUGCAAUCUCCCUUCUCCUCCUCUUCCACCCAUUCUUUCUGUAAAUAUGAUGUGUUCCUCAGUUUCAGAGGCAAAGAUACUCGCUAUGGUUUCACUGGCAACCUCUACAAAGCUCUUUCUGAUAAAGGAGUCCAUACCUUCUUUGAUGACGAGGAGCUUCAAAGAGGAGACGAAAUCACACCCUCACUUCUCACCACAAUUGAAGAGUCCAGGAUUGCCAUCAUUGUCCUCUCUCCUAACUAUGCUUCUUCUUCUUUUUGCUUAGACGAGCUUGUCCACAUCCUUCACUGCAUCAAGGGAAAUAAUCGGUUAGUUUUUCCAGUUUUCUAUGAGGUUGAUCCUUCUGAUGUUCGCCAUCUAAAUAACAGUUUUGGAGAGGCAAUAGCUAAGCAUGAGAAGAGAUACAAAUAUGACAUGAACAACAAGGUGGACAAAUGGAAACAGGCUCUGCAGCAAGUAGCUAAUUUCUCAGGAGAUCAUUUCAAACACGGGGAUGGAUAUGAACACAUGUUUAUUGGAAACAUUGUGGUAAACAUCUCAAAAAGGAUUAGAAGACGUGCAGCUUUGCCUGUUGCUGAUCACCCUGUUGGAUUGGAGUCCCCGGUGUCAAAGGUAGCUUCCCUUCUAGAUGUUGAAUCUAAUGCUGGGGUUCACAUGGUGGGGAUAUAUGGAAUUGGAGGAAUAGGAAAAACAACAAUUGCUCUUGCCGUCUAUAACUUGAUUGCUGACCAUUUUGAAGGUGUGUGCUUUCUUGAAAAUGUGAGAGAAAAUUCAAACAAAUACGGGUUGGUACAUCUUCAAAAUAUCCUUCUUUGCAAGAUAUUAGGAAAUGAAGGAGUCGAGAUAUUAGGUGUUAAAGAAGGAACCACACAGAUACAACGAAGGCUUUGUCGAAAGAGUAUUCUUUUGAUUGUAGAUGACGUUGAUGAGCAUGAGCAGUUGAAAGCUAUUGCUGGAAACCCUGAUUGGUUUGGUUCUGGCAGCAGAAUCAUUAUUACAGCACGGGACAAACAUUUGUUAGCACUUCAUGGUGUUGAAAGGACAUACGAGGUACAAGGUUUAAAUGAGGAAGAGUCCUUAGAAUUGCUUAAAUGGAAAGCUUUCAAAACAGAUAUUGUUAACCCAAGGUACGCAGAUGUUUUAACCCGUGCAGUAACUUAUGCUUCUGGACUCCCAUUGGCUUUGGAAGUAAUAGGUUCUAACUUGUUUGGAAAAGAUUUACAACAAUGGGAAUCUGCAAUGGAUCAAUAUGAAAAAGUUCUUGAUAGCAAAAUACGUAAGAUACUUCAGGUAAGUUUUGAUGCAUUGGGAAAAGAUGUACAAAGUGUUUUUCUGGAUAUUGCUUGUUGUUUUAAAGGAUAUAAUCUAAUGGAAGUAAUAAGUCUACUUCAAGCUCAUUAUGGGAAUUGCAUGAGAUAUCAUAUUGGAGUGUUGGUUGAAAAAUCUCUCAUAAAGAUCGAUAAGAAUGAUAGAGUGAUAAUGCAUGAUCUAACAGAAGAUAUGGGUAAAGAAAUUGUUCUAGAAAAGUCACCAAAACAACCCGGAAAGUGUAGUAGGUUAUGGUUUCAUGAAGAUAUAGUAAAAAUUUUAGAAGGCAAUCAAGUAAGUAAUAAAUUUUUCUAUACAAGUUUAUUAGAAACUAUUUUUAUUGUUUUAAUUAAUUCAUAUUGUCAUUUUCUCUUGAAGGGGACUAGUGCCAUUGAAAUCAUACAUUUGGAAUUUCCGUUAUUCAAAGGUGAAGUGAAAUGGGAUGGAACAGCUUUUGAACAGAUGAAAAAUCUCAAAAUACUUAUCAUAAAAAAUGGUCGUUUUUCCAAAGGGCCCAAAUAUCUUCCAAAUAGUUUAAGAGUAUUGGAAUGGAGGAGGUAUCCUUCAAAGUAUUUUCCCUCUAAUUUUGAUCCAGAAAAGCUUUCCAUACUCAAGUUGCCUGAUUCUCUCUGCAUGUCACCCAAGUUGGAUAGCUUAUCCAAGAUAUGGCUCACCUUGAAAGUUUUGAGUUUUAUUUGUAGUGAUUCUUUGAAAGAGAUACCUGAUGUGUCUAAUCUUCAAACUUUAGAAGAAUUUUCUUUUGAAGGAUGUAAAAAAUUAGUCUCGGUUCACGAUUCAGUUGGUUUUUUACCUGAACUUAAAAUAUUGAAUGCUAAUAGGUGCCCCAAGCUCAGAAGUUUUCCACCUGUUAUUAAUUUGCCCUCACUGGAAACACUCGGUCUAUAUGGAUGCUCAAGCCUUGAGAAAUUUCCAGAAAUUCCAGAAAAGAUGGAAAAUCUAGAAGUGCUUGAUUUGAGUGACAAUGGCAUAAAAGAUUUGCCAUGUUCAUUUUGUAACCUUUCUAGAUUGUGGUAUUUGUCUUUGAGGGAGAAUGAAAUGUAUAGAAUACCAAGUGUCAUUGGCAUGAUGCCACGCCUGUCUUGGUGUGAUAUUAUAUUAAGAAGAAAUAAGAGGAGGGCAUCAGUAGAGCAGGAAGAGGGGCUUCAUGGAAUACUCACUCACUCCCUCCCCUCUUCACAUUUGAGAAAUCUUUAUCUCACAAACAGCAAUUUGUCAGAUGACUUUUUUCCCUUAGCUGUUGCAUGGUUUCCCAAUCUGUUUCAGUUAGACCUAAGAGGCAAUAAUUUCACAGUCCUUCCUGAAUGCAUCCAACAAUUUCGGUUUCUUCAAUAUCUCCAUGUGAAUGAUUGCGAGCAUCUUCAGGAGAUUAGAGGGAUUCCACCAAACUUGGAAUUCUUCUUUGUAGUAAACUGCAAAUCAUUGAGUCCGAGGGGCACAAGCGUGUUACUGAAUCAGCAAUUGCCCAUUCACCAGGGUAGAAACACCCACUUUGUGAUGCCAGGUGGAAGCAUUCCAAGGGGGUUUGAGUGGCGCAGCAGUGGAGCUUCUAUUUCUUUCUGGUUUCGGGGCACCAAAUUCCCUUACAAUGCUCUUUGCUUUGCAAUUCUACUCAAAAAUGACUUCCCUUCCUCAUUUGAAGUAGUUCCCACUCUGACCAUCAAUGGCAACCAAGUUCGACAUCGACGGCGUACCUCAAUGGAUCAAUUAUUUAUUUUUAAUCUGGGGAGUUCUGAUUUUUAUCGUUAUGGUCUUGAAGCACUACAUCUUGAAAGAGGAUGGAAUCAUGCGAAGCUUUCAUAUGAAGCAUAUAAGUAUUAUGAGGAGAAGGUCCCAAGUGAGUCAAUUGGAAAAGAGAUUGGAAUGCACGUAUGGAAGCAAGAGAGUAGUAAUAUAAUGGAAGAUAUUCGAUUCACUGAUCCUUACAGAAAGAGAAAACGAGAUGAUGAAGCUCUCAAUAGUAUUGCACAAGUUAUGGAGGGAGAGGGGCAGCGCUGGUGUCUGUCCAAGACAAGAAAUGAAGAUGACAUCUUGAGUCUGCCAAUGCCAAAGAAGGCUUGUUUUCAGUUCAGUUCGGAUGCAAGCUAAACUAUCACUGAUGCAGAUGCAGAAGCAGAGAAGGAUAUGGCCCAACUCACAAGAGGGUUAGGAAACCUCCUUUUGGGUGAAGCACUACCUUAUGGGAAUAAGUGGGGUAAAGCACUGUAGGAAUAGGAUGUAGAAGAGUUUAGGAAGAGAAUCGUUUGUAAUUGGGGAGUUUUCCCGAGACUUGAAGACAGGGAAUUACCAUUGUUCCAUUGUCAAUUUCCUUGAUCUAUAAUAUUCAUAGAUCCCUUUCUGUAAUUCUGAUUGCUGUUCCAUGCAUUAUUCUUAAAUUUACCCUUAA